UGCAUCACUGCUGCAGCAGCCGCAAGCCUACUGGAGUCGAGAAACACUGCAGUGAUACAAACCAUACAACUGUAAUGUGUUUACAUGGGUUUUUUUCUGUUUUGUUUUGUUCUGUUGUUUUUUUUUGUUUUGUUUUGUUUUUUUCAAAACGGCCAAAGUGGCUACAUAUGUGGAUACUGCGAUAAAAAUGUGAAAUGAAAACAACCUCGUUCCAAAUGGGGAAAUGAUGUCACUGCCAAUAAGUAAGUUAGGUGGUAUGACUGGCAUAACCGGUUUCUCAACGAUUCGUUUUUGAAAGAUAUUCAGCCCAGUGGUUUACAUUUUUAGAAGUUCCUCUUUGUUUUUUUAAGAUAUUCUCUGACUGAAAAGGGGUAAAAAAAAAAAAAAUACGAUUCAACAUAAUAACUGUUCAGCGAAAGGAUGAGUUGUAUUGAAUUUAUUGAGCCAGUAGUGUUUGCUGCACAAGUUGCCAGUGCGUUCUAUGAUACCGGACUGCUGAUGGUGGUGAAAGAACGUUACAAUGUGACUUCCAGCAACUCCUCGCUUACCAACUCCACGGACCAUGGAGACAACGAGCAGCAGAUGGCGGUGUCAGAUUUCCUCAUGAUCUACAGUAUGAUCUCAGGGUUUGUCCCGUUCCUGCCGGCUUUCUUCCUGGCAAGGCUUGGGGACAAAAGGAACAGAAAGAUCCCUAUAUGUGUACCCCUUGUGGGCUACAUGCUCUCCAGAUUGAUGCUGCUCCUUGUUAUUCUUCUCCAGUGGUCUGUCAAAGUGAUGUUUGGGGCAGCUGUUGUGUACAGUUUGUUUGGGGGGUUUUCUUCUUAUUGGGCUGGGGUCAUGGCUUUAGCAUCAGCAGGCUCAGAUGAAACUCAGAGGUCCAUUCGAUUGAUAAGAAUUGAGUUGGUCUAUGGAGUAGCUGGCUUUAUUGGCAGCAUCUUGUCUGGUCACAUCUUCAAUCUGUUUCAUGUUUCACAACAUCAAGGUGUUAUGCUGGUGGGGAUCAGUGUUUUUUUGUACAUAUUUUCCUUGUCCUACAGCAUUUUUGUUUUGAAAGUCCCCAAGACUGGGAAAACACCAGAAAUACUCCCUGAUGGUCAAACAGCAGACAACUGUGGUACAGGUGGACCUGACAAUGCACCCACAGUAGCAGAUGGGUCAUCGACUUCUGGCACGUUUGACUUGAUCAGCAUUGUGCUUUUGUUUGCUGGUGCUAUAUUGUAUGAUGUGUCAGUGUCAGGAGCCAUGGACAUCUUACCAUCCUUUGUCAUAAAGGAACCCCUGAGCUGGGGAGCUGAACUGAUUGGCUAUGGGAAUGCAGCCGGCUUUGUGAUUUUCAUCACCAGUUUCCUGGGAGUGUAUGUAUUUUCCAAGUGUUUAAGGGACACCACCAUGAUCAUCAUUGGGAUGGUGUCAUUCGGGACUGGGAUACUGGUCAUGGCAUUUGUGCGAAAGACCUACAUGUUCUACAUUGCUCGAGCUUUGAAUCUGUUUGCCUUGAUUCCAAUGCCUACCAUCCGAUCACUGUUGUCCAAACAAGUCCAAGACUCAUCAUAUGGCAAAAUUUUCAUUUUGCUCCAGAUGUCAUUCACCGUCGCCAGUGUGGCCACCUCACCCAUUUUCACCAAGAUUUACCAAGCCACCCUUGUCUGGUUCGCUGGAUUCUGCUUCAUUUUGUCCUGCAUUCUCAGCAUUUUAGCCAUCAUCCCCAUUGGCAUUGUGGGAUACCGGACAGGGAGACAUGGCUACACACGUCUUCCAAGCAACUGAGAAUGCGCUUUCCCUCCCUUUAAUGCGCUGCAUCACAAUGAAGAACAUACAUUUCUGGUGCAUCACAUGCUGUGCUUGGCAUUUACCCCCUAACUAACCCUAACACUGCAGUUUGCGGAGUUUGCAGCCAACAGCUGUAUACAAAUGUGUAUAAAAUGUGUAGAAUUUGUCAUUCAUGAUUUUUGUAAAAACAAUUUUAUUUUUGCACCCUAACAGCGAUACCUCAAGUUCAGUUGCAAUUAAAGAGUAAGUAGAGGGGUUCCGAAAAAAACAAAGGAUUACACGUCAGCACGUGUUGCUACAACUGUACCGCACCUGUUUUUUCUCUUUUCAUUGUUAACAUGUUUAUUAUCUGUUUCUUGUAGGUGUUUAAUUUCAUGUUUAAUUCUUAAGCAUUUGGUUUUACAGUGUAAUGAAAUUCUGUAAGGUUCUGUUCCUAACAAAGUAGAAGAGCAACAUUUCCAAUAUAUAGUUAUAUUUUAACUACUAAAAAUAUGUUAUUUAAGCUGUUAAAAUAGCAUGGUGCACCUGAGACAAACUGCCCUGUGCAGGGGCUGGUUGUCACAGAAUAUCGGGUUGCUUUUACGAUGGGAAAUAAUGUGAUAUUUUCAUUUUUCAUAAUAACUAUGCUUUUCUUGUUUAAUACCAGAUUACAAUGGCAGACAAAGCGAUAGGUUCUCUUUUCAAUAUGAACAUAGGCUACAGAUGAUAUGACUAAGACUACAAAGAGAGGCUGUGGCGGCCGUGACCUCCAAUAUCUGGAACCCAGGCCGCAGUCUAUAAAAUAAACCUGACUACACCAUCUGAAGUUUAAUGAUGGAUAGAACCUUUGCUAUCAAUUGCAAGUUGUAUGCCACUAAUACCUGAGUCCUUGUACUAUCCCCUCCUUUCAAAUAAAUGAAAAUCAGGAGAUCAGAAAUUGA